UUCAUUUUCUUUUCAAAAUCAAACACAUUUCUGACAAUUUCCUUUUUCUUUUCUUUUCUUUUCCAACACAAAAGAAAGGAAAAGAAAAGAAAAAAAAAAUCAAUUAAUUCCUCUCUCUGUAUCACAUUUUGAAACCGUCCUUUUUUUAGAAGAAAACUCCGGCCACCUAUCGUACACCGGUCAGGCUGUCACCUCCGUCGAUCUCUAUGUACAUUGUAUCAAUUUCAAUUCGAUCUUAGUUUCUUCACCGGUUUCCGCUUCUAUUUAUCGAUCUUCGGUUUUAAUUUUAACUAUUAUUAUGAUUCUCCAGUCGCGCUUCGUCUGUAAUUGAUUCUCCGGAAGAAAGAAGUUCCAGGUCAGCAAUCUUCAUCAUGAACGUUGAUCAAGAUAUGAAACUUGGUAGAAAUGGAAUGUAUGACGGUAUGAAUGGAAAUGAUUGUUUGGAAAUUGAAGGAAGUGGACGCCGUGAAGACGUCUUUAAUGGUAAUAUACCAUCAUUGGUUGAAUGGCUGAACCAUAUGAUGCCUCAUUUAAAUUUACCAUUAGAAGCUUCGGAGGAAGAAUUGAGAGCAUGCUUGAUUGAUGGCACUGUUUUGUGUAGCAUUUUGAACAAGCUCAAUCCUGGUUCAGUUGACAUGAGAGGUAAUACUGUACCUGGUCCUGAGAAAAUCAAAUUGUUUCUGGCAGCAAUGGAUGAAAUGGGAUUUUCUAGGUUUGUAAAUGCUGAUUUACAACAGGGAUACAUGUUACCGGUUCUGCAGUGCCUUAGCACGCUCAAAGCACAUUUUGAUCAUAAUGGUGGUACUCGUAAUAGAAGAUUAUGGAAUCUAUUGUUGGCAAAUACCAAAGGGACGGAUCGACAUGUAAAUGCUUUAUUAUCUGGAGAAGAGAAACAUAAGUGGAAAGUAGAGUCAUUAGAAGGAACUGAUCGUUGCCGUGUGCAUGCAUCAACCCGCGGAGUACAUCGCUCUGUUGUUUCAGAGCCUGCUUUGCUCCAUGAUGCUGGCCACAAGCUUUCUGAUCAGUUGUCAAUAAAACAAGGGCUCUAUGGUGAUCUUUCAGAUUCUAAUAUUUUGGAAUUGAUAAAAUCACAUGGUUUGGAUAGUGCCUCAACUCGAGCAUUGUUUGGUUUAGUAAAUAACAUUCUGGAUGAUAUCUGCGAAAGGAAGACUGGCCAGUUUCAACAUAUGACACUAAUAAUGAAGAAAGUAUUGCAAGUUAUUGAGGAACGAUUUUCAACUCACACAGAGAAUUUGACAGAUCAAAAUAAUCUGUAUAAGCUUCGCUCAGAAAAGUACCAAUGUAGAAUAAGAGGACUUGAAACUCUUGUAUCUGGAUCCACAGAUGAAAUCGCGGUAUUAUUGUCACACCUGCAGCAGCUAAAGAUCGAGAAAAUCAAAAUUGAGCAAAAGGAAAAGCUUGAAGAGCAGGAUCUACUUAGGUUAAAGGAAGAAAAGAAUCAUAGUGAUGUUGAGAUAUUUAACCUGAAACAGGAACUAGAAUUAGUUAAGAAAAGGCAUGAAGAGCAAUGCUUAUUUCUGGAAGCUCAAGCUAAAGAAACCAAGGUUGAGUUGCAAAAGAAAGUAAAGGAACUUGAGCACUUUCUGGUUGAAUCAAGGAGUAAGGUGGAACAACUUCAAUCAUUUUCUGAAUCUAAGUCUAGGAGAUGGAAAAGGAAGGAGGGAAAGUACCGGAACUUUAUAGAUCAUCAGUCUGAAGCUUUACAGGUGCUAAGGGCUUCAUCUGAAUCUAUAAAGCAUGAAGUUUUAAAGGCAAAGAGAAGUUAUUUCGAGGAGUUUCAAUGUUUGGGAUACAAGAUGAAAGGACUAGCUGAAGCUGCUGAGAAUUAUCAUUCUGUGCUUGCAGAAAAUCGAAGACUAUAUAAUGAAGUUCAGGAUCUAAAAGGAAAUAUUAGAGUGUAUUGUCGAAUAAGACCCUUUCUUCCUGGACAAUGUAAAAAGCAAACCACCAUAGAAUUAAUUGGUGAAAAUGGCGAAAUUGUCAUUUCAAAUCCCUCCAAACAAGGAAAGGAUAGCCAUAGACUCUUCAAAUUUAACAAGGUUUUUGGUCCAAAAACUAGUCAAGAGGAAGUGUUUUUGGAUACACAGCCUUUAAUUCGGUCUGUUCUUGACGGAUAUGAUGUCUGCAUUUUUGCUUAUGGCCAAACCGGAUCAGGAAAGACUUACACUAUGAGUGGACCUAAUUUACUAUCAGAAGAAGAUUGGGGAGUUAAUUAUCGUGCUUUGCAUGACCUUUUCCAAAUCUCUCAAACAAGGAGAAGCUCCAUUAGAUAUGAUGUCGGUGUACAAAUGGUUGAAAUAUAUAAUGAACAAGUUCGUGAUCUACUCUCAAGUGAUGGCCCUCUGAAAAGACUUGGGAUUUGGAGUACGACCCAACCAAAUGGAUUAGCUGUUCCUGAUGCUAGCAUGCACUCUGUUGAAUCAACUGCUGAUGUUUUGGAUUUGAUGAACAUUGGGUUGAUGAAUCGCACAAUUGGUGCUACUGCUCUCAACGAAAGAAGUAGCAGAUCCCACAGUGUUCUCACUGUUCAUGUUCGUGGAACGGAUUUGAAGGGUGGUACUGUUUUGCGAGGUAACCUACAUUUAAUAGAUUUGGCUGGUAGUGAACGAGUAGAGAGAUCCGAAGCAACUGGUGAUAGACUUAAAGAGGCACAGCACAUAAACAAGUCACUUUCUGCCCUUGGAGACGUGAUAUAUGCUUUGUCUCAAAAGAGUCCUCACGUGCCAUACCGGAAUAGCAAACUAACUCAAGUCUUACAAAGUUCUUUAGGUGGUCAAGCAAAGACACUCAUGUUUGUCCAGCUCAAUCCAGAUGUCGAUUCGUAUUCCGAAACUGUUAGUACAUUGAAGUUUGCAGAGAGGGUUUCUGGUGUUGAAUUAGGUGCUGCAAGGAGCAACAAAGAAGGGCGAGAUGUUAGAGAACUAAUGCAACAGGUGUCAUCCUUGAAGGACACAAUUGCAAGGAAAGAUGAAGAGAUUGAGCGGCUGCAGUUGAUCAAGUCAAAUGUCAAUGGCAUGAAGCACGGUAUGACCUCACAUAAGAGUGAUUCUUCAUCUCCAAGAAGACUUUCAAAUGGGAACACGCGUCAUAGCCCUAAGACAGCUGCAGGAAAAGGACCCGGAUCUGAGAGAGUAGCAUCAGACAUGGAUAAUAGCUCAGAGUACAGUGAGAAACGUUCUGAAACUGGUUCUCUGCUGUCAAUGGAUGAAUUCAGACAUCGAAAUGGACUUUUGCAACCAUCAAAUUCAAUAGGUGAAUUAAGUCUUCAAAAGGAAUUUCUUCCUCUGUCGAAGAUUGAACAAAAUGUCAACCAGAAUUCUAAAGAAGAUAUUGAUCUCUUGGGGUUUGGAGACGCAGAUUCGGAUGAACGAUUAAGUGACAUAUCAGACAGCGGUCUUUCAAUGGGAACUGAAACAGAAUCUGUGGAGUUUUCUCUUUUCACCGAAUCUGCAAAAUCAUUUGAAACUGCAGGUCCUGUCGAAGCUUCUGAAUCAGCCAAAUUUUACGAAGUAGCAAGACCGGUUCAAGUGGCAAAACCAACUGAGAAAGCAGAAACAACAGAAAACAGACCACCACAGUUUACAUCUAAGCUUCCUAGGCCUCCACAAAGACCGGCACAAACAACGACAUCACGUUUGUCAUUAACCAAGAGCUCCACUCCAAGGGGUUCAUCUGCACCUAGGAAAAUGACUCUUGGUAGUUCAUCUGCAUCGAGACUUUCAAAACGUUGGACAUAAAGCUGGUGGCUUUCUGGAUGACAGUAAAGAAUUGACAGUAACUCAGUAGAUUGUAAAUUCUAACUCUCAACUUACUGCUAUCUCUAGUUUCUUCCUUGCUUCCACUUAUCCCAUAGAAAAGGGAUGACUGGAGACCAAUUUGUGGUGUAAAUUGUAUAUACGCAAGAAUUGUAGUGUUAAGCUCGUUGAGUUUCACCACAUUUUGUUGCUCUUAUUUAUGUUGAAAUGCAUUAUAAAUUUAGAAAAAAUGGUCGUCGUGGACUUUAAA